AUGUGGCGCUUCCUGAAACCCAUAGCUAAAAAGGCACGGACGGAGGAGGAGGAGGAGGAGGAGGAGGAGGAGGGGGGUCGCGAUGCGAAUGCUGCGAAACCCAAACCGACCAGCGCUGGAACUGGGGGGAGAAAGUUUCAGACGAAGUGGCUAUACGACGAUGCAGGGAAAAAACGCGACUGGCUGACUGUCAAGAACAACAUCAUGUUUUGCACUGUGUGCACAACUUUUGGAAAGGACAAAAAAAGUCAGGCGAGUCACUUUGUUGUGGGCUGCUCCUCGAUGAAAGUUGAAAGUAUAAUAUCACAUGAAGGCACUCGCAACCACGACAAAAAUAUGAAAAUAAAGCAAGCCAAGUCUGCCCCACUCCAUGAAGCGCCCUCGGUGCAAGUUCUCACUAAACUCUCGGACGUAAACACCCAGAAGAUGAAGCUUCUUUUCCGAAAUGCGCACGCCAUCGCCAAGAAAGGUCGACCCAUCACCGACUACGUCUGGCAAUGCAGCUUGGAUGAGAAAAAGGGGCUGUCCGUGGGCAAAACCUACAGGAACCGCGAGACCGGCAAGCUCUUUGUAAAGUACAUUGCCAAGGCAGCAAGUGAACACUUCUACAUGGCGGAAUACAAUGGUAAAGGAAAUAGUUUGUUUUGGCAUUUGGCGAGUAAAAAAUAUGGUUGGCGAGUAUGUUUUUUCACCUACUAGCCACUUGGCGAGUUGGUCAAAAAGUUAGUUUGCACCCCUGCGCCGCACCGA